AUGGCCCCUCCACUCACGCCCACCUCUCACGGCCGCCCACCCCCACCCACCCAUAUUCACGGCCCCUCCACCCCACGGCCCGCAACACCCUCCCUGACCCAUCCACAUGUCUGCUCCACCCUCAGGGCCCACCCAGCCUCACGACCCACCCACAUUCAAGGCUCCACUCCACGCUCACCUGCCUCCACCCCACGGCCCCUCCACCCCUCACAGUCCACUCCACCCUCAGGGCCCACUCCAGCCUCACGACCUACUCCACAUUCACGGCCCACCCACCGUCAAGGCCAACUCUUCCCUCAAGGCCAACUCUUCCCUCACGGCGCUCUCCACCCUUACGGCCCCUCCCUCACGGUCCAGUCCACCCUCACGGCCCACUCCACAUUCACGGCCCGCUCCACCCUCCAGGGCCCAUUCCAGCCUCGACCUACUCCACAUUCAAGGCCCACUCCACGCUCACGGCGCUCUCCACCCUUGCCCCCUCCACCCUCACAGUCCUCCACCCUCAGGGCCUCCAGCCUCACGACCUACUCCACAUUCACAGCCCACUCCACCGUCAAGGCCAACUCUUCCCUCUGGGCAACUCUUCCCUCACGGCGUUCUCACCCUGGCCCCCUCCACCCUCACGGUCCCUCUCCUCCACAGCCCCUCCACAUUCACGGCCGCUCCACCCUCGACCCACUCCAUAUUCACGGCCCACUCCACCCUCAGCCGCUCACCCUCACGACCCCACUCCACAUUCACGGCCCGCUCCACCCUCACGACCUCCACCUUCACGGCCUCACCCUCCCCGGCCCCCUCCAGCCUCACGGCCCUCCCACAUUCACGGCCCGCUGCACCCUCGACCCACUCCAUAUUCACGGCCCCUCCACCCCUCGGCCCUGCCCUCCCGGCCCGAUCCACAUUCACGGCCCGCUCCACCCUCAGGCCCUCCAGCCUCCCGACCUACUCCACAUUCAAGGCCCUCCACGCUCACUGCGCUCUCCACCACCGGCCCCUCCACCCUCACAGUCCUCCACCCUCAGGGCCCCUCCAGCCCUCACGACCUACUCCUUCGGCCUCCACCGUCAGGCCAACUCUUCCCUCAAGGCCAACUCUUCCCCUCGCUCUCCACCCUUGGCCCCUCCCACCCUCACGGUCAGUCCACCCCUCGCCCCCUCCACAUUCACGGCCCGCUCCACCCUCAGGCCCAUUCCAGCCCUCACGACCUACUCCCAUUCAAGGCCCACUCCGCUCACGCUCUCCCACCCCAGCCCCCUCCACCCUCACAGUCCACUCCACCUCAGGGCCCUCAGCCUCCCGACCUACUCCAUUCACGGCCCCUCCACCGUCAAGGCCAACUCUUCCCUCAAGGCCAACUCUUCCCUCACGGCGCUCUCCACCCUUACGGCCCUCCACCCCUCACGGGCCCCUCCAGCCUCGACCUACUCCCAUUCAGGCCCACCCACGCUAACUGCGUUCUCCACCCCCGGCCCCUCCACCCUCACAGUCCCUCCACCCUCAGGGCCCACUCCAGCCUCACGACCUACUCCACAUUCACGGCCCACUCCACCGUCAGGGCCAACUCUCUCAAGGCCAACUCCCCACGGCGCUCUCCACCCCAUGGCCCCCCUCCACCCUCACGGUCCAGUCCACCUCACGGCCCACCCACAUUCACGGCCCGCUCCACCCCCUCAGGGCCCAUUCCAGCCUCACGACUCCACUCCACAUUCUAGGCCCACCCACGCUCAGUGCCCCACCCCACGGCCCCCCACCCUCACAGUCCACUCCACCCCUCAGGGCCCACUCCAGCCUCACGACCUACUCCACAUUCACGGCCCACUCCACCGUCAAGGCCAACUCUUCCUCAACAACUCUUUCCCUCACGGCGCUCUCCACCCCACGGCUUCCACCCUCACGGUCCACUCCACCCUCACGCACCUUCCACAUUCACAGGCCCGCUCCACCUCACCGACCCACUCCAUAUUCACGGCCCACUCCACCCUCACGGCCCGCUCCACCCCACGACCCACUCCACAUCCACACGGCCCGCUCCACCCUCACGACCCACCCAUAUUCACGGCCCACCCACCCUCAGGCCCGUCUACCUCACGGCCCACCACAUUCACGGCCCGCUCCACCUCACGAUCCACUCCAUAUUCACGGCACACCCCACCUCACGGCCCCCCACCCCCACGACCCACUCCACAUCUGCUGCCCUGCCCACCUCCUCAGGGCCCACUCCAGCCUCACGACCCACUCCACAUUGGCCCACUCCACGUAACGGCGUUCUCCACCUCACGGCCCUCCACCCUCACAGUCCACUCCACCCUCAGGGCCCACUCCAGCCUCACGACCCACUCCACAUUCACGGCCCACUCCACGUCAAGGCCAACUCUUCCUCAAGGCCAAUCUUCCCUCACGGCGCUCUCCACCCUUUGGCCCCCUCCACCCUCACGGUCCACUCCAAUCUCACGACCCACUCCACAUUCACGGCCCGCUCCACCCCACGACCCACUCCACAUCUGCUGCCCGCUCCACCCCAGGGCCCCUCCAGCCUCACGACCCACUCCACAUUCAAGGCCCACUCCACGCUCACGGCGCUCUCCACCCCACGGCCCCCUCCACCCUCACAGUCCACCCACCCUCAGGGCCCACCCAGCCUCACGACUCUACUCCACAUUCACGGCCCACUCCACCGUCAAGGCCAACCCUUUCCUCAAGGCCAACUCUUCCUCACGGCGCUCUCCACCCUUACGGCCCCCUCCCCCCACCCCACGGCCCCUCCACCUCACGACCCACUCCACAUUCACGGCCUGCUCCACCUCACGACCCACUCCAUAUUUACGGCCCGCUCCACCCUCACGCCCACUCCAGCCUCGCGGCCUGCUCCACCCUCACGGCUCCACUCCAGCCCUGCGGCCUGCUCCACCCUCAAGGCCUGCUCCACCUCAAGGCCAACUCUUCCUCAAGGCCAACUCUUCCCUUACGGCGCUCUCCACCCUUUCGGCCCUCUCCACCCUCACGGUCCACUCCACCUCACGGCCCACUCCAUAUUCACGGCCUGCUCCACCCUUACGGCCCACUCCACAUUCACGGCCCGCUCCACCCUCACGGCCCACUCCACAUUCACGGGCCCACUCCACCCACGGCCCACUCCACAUUCACGGCUUCCGCUCCAUAUUCACGGCCCACUCCAACUCACGGCCCACCUCACGGCUCCACCUGCCGUCUGCGGAGAGCUUCCAACUCCACUUGUAG